AUGAGUCACCACGAGAUGACAGCACCUGAUGGAAUCAUUUUCCGCAUCGUGGUGGUACUCGCAGGUACAAGCUUACCGACUCUUCGUCGUGAACGUCAACAACAGCAAGAGCUUGAGCAACACAAGUAUCGAUACAAAGGGAACAGAGAGUUUUCACAGGAACCGAAAAAUCAGCAGUGCAUGUCUUCGAGAAAUGGCAAUCCAGAGGAGAUAUCGGUGUCGAAUCUGAUUGACGGAGAGAGUUUGUGCUACAGUUUAGCAUUGAUACGAGGCCGGACAACGAUAGGAUGCAACUCAAUCAUCGUGAGGAAUCAGAGAAGUCAGAGUUCAACGGAAUGGCCGAUCGUAGCUGGCGAAUUCCGGGCCGUGGUCGAACUUGCACGCGGCCCAAACAAAUUGGAGCUAGAAGUGGCUGGACAAAAAAAAAUGCUCCUUCUGAUUCAUGAACCGAGAACCACAAGAUUACGCGUAACGCCCGUUUACGUGAUCUGCGCCGGCCACGAUGGGUACUUUCAAGGUCCUCGAGGGGAAGAUCGGUCGCCAGAAAGCGCCGCGACCAGGAUUGGUGUCGGUGCACGACUACUGCAAGCUCUCGUUGCCGAGAAACUAAGGGAAGCAGGUUACGGAAGGAAAACAUUUCAACUGGAAAGAGACCUGGAUGGUCCGGAAUGUCUAGUGAUGCACAGUACGCUGAACGUUGACAGAGCACGUGCGAUGAAUCAACGGGAACUUUGGGAGUUGAUCGCCCGUGAAUUGAUGACCGGUCCGUUGGCAUCGAAAGAUCGAAAAUAUCUAGCAUUUUUGUCUUGCACUAGGUAUCAAGGUGCACCGAAUCCGCGUACGCACGAAGACACUCUCGCGAGAACGCAAGGACACGCUGCGCUCGGCGGUGGAGGAUUAGCGUUGUUCGGUUCGGCUUGCCUUCACACCUGGCCAACCUGCAUGAACGAAGUAUUAGGGAGAUUUCUCGACGUGACGGCCAUCGAUACGGAACAACUGAUGGACGACAGUAAUUAUCGCGGCACACAUGGGGGUUGUUUCGCUACUACUCUCGGCUCGGUUCUCCAUGAACUGGGUCACACUUUCGAUCUUGGUCAUACCCGCGAAGGUAUAAUGGGCCGUGGAUUCGACUACGUCGACCGUGUAUUCGUCGGAGCGGCUGGAAUUGACUUUAAUCGAAAUCCCGUUCUACGAAAGGACCCGCAACACACAACGAUCGCGUUAAGCAGACCAUUGAGCGUGACCGUUACCGUCCAGGAACCGUUUACUCUUUUAUCCAGCCCACGGAGGAGUCGUUUGCUGUCGGAAACCUCUCGACCCUCACCCUCCCAGAGUCCUCCGCGGUUACUCGGUCGAUUAUCCGCGCCCGCCAGUCCGGAACUCAAUAGAUCCUUCUCCAGGAGUCUACUACAAUCCGCGAUCGAUCAAGCUUCCUCGAAUUCGCAAACCGAUCGAACAUUUUGGACACCAUCGUGCGCGGCCUUUCUUGCAUAUCAUCGGUGGUUCAACGGCGAGAUGGACAACAUUCGCAAUCGUCACUUUCACGACAUUGAAUACGAUGGAAAAAGGAACGUCGUUAGAUCGCGUUUCGGAGUACGAGUAAUAGAACUGAGGGAGACCUCGGGUGGAAUGGUAUGUGGUUCUCGACAAUUUCCCGGGACCCGACCACCUCUGGAAGCGUUGGUUCCACCAGCUCCACCACAUUGUCUUGUCGCCCUGACCCUUGUUGCUGAAGAUUCGGCCGGCAACGUGCUCAAGUAUCCUCUUCCAACGGCAUUUUGA